AUGACUUUCUCUCGACUGCCACAUAUUACCGCGGACAGCUUUUUCUCCACACCGUCCACGUCCGACCCGUCACUUUCCCCCAUCACCAUCUACAUGAUAUCGGGCAACCCAGGCCUAAUUGGAUACUACCACACACUUCUCUCCAUCCUCUCAGAAAAGCUAAACACACAUUAUGCACAGCAAUCAAGAAAAACAAACGCCUUCCAGAUUUACGGACACAGUCUGGCCGGGUUCGAACUUACCAAAACACCAGGCUCCAAACCAAGAUACUAUGAUCUCGAAGAGCAGAUCUGCUUCGUCCAAAGAAAGCUAGACGACUUCCUUACUGGCGCCGUAGAUGCAUCGGGGCAGCGCCAGACUGCACCAAGACCUAAGGUGAUUCUUAUAGGCCAUUCGGUGGGAAGUUACAUCGCAAUGGAGAUUCUACGGAGACAUCGGGAGCGCGCGGCGAAUGGCGCUUGGCCUUCUGUCGAGUUUGAUAUUAUUGGGGGUGUGAUGUUGUUUCCUACUGUUGUUGAUAUUGCGAAGUCGCCUUCUGGGCAGAAGUUGACGCGCCUGCUAUCAUUUAUCCCGCAGUUGGCUGUGGUAGUGGGAUUUCUAGUUCGGGUCUUGACGGCCCUUGUCCCGGGUAGUCUUCUACGAUCUCUGAUUAGGUUUUAUAUGGGAUCGCCGCCGGAUAAUAUGGUUGAAACCACGGCAGCUUUCUUGGAGAGUGGUUACGGAGUACAGCAGGCUUUACACAUGGCCGCCGACGAGAUGCAAACUAUCACCUCUGACAAAUGGAGUGAUGACGUUUGGGGCAUGUCGAAUGUUAAAGAUCCCGUUACGCGGUUAUUCUUUUACUUUGGUCGAAGUGAUCACUGGGUCGCGGAACAGACGAGAGAUGAGGUUGUUGAGGUGAGGGGACGGACGGAAGGUGGUCCGAAGAUGAUUGUUUGUGAGGAGAAAUUGCCGCAUGCUUUUGUUUUGAAGCAUAGUGAUGUCGUGGCGAAGAAAGUAGCCGAUAUGGUGUUGGAUAUAGUAAGAGAUUGA